ACCUUUUCUGCGCUAUUGACCGUUUUAUCUGGAACGAGCAGAGGGCAGAGAACUGUGACUUGCGGUGGCGGACUGUAAAAACCGCAGUUUUACAUAUUUUAGAACGAUUUUCAUGCCAAGUGCUCUAUCGUGCACGAGAAUCGGAUGCGAUUUUGGUCUACUCUGGAGUUUUUUCUGUGUUUUUUUGGGUUGUUGUCAGCCACCUGUGAACAGAAGGAAAUAAUUGACGAAGCACUGACAUUAUACAUGGUGUCCUCGGGUUAUUACCGUUAUCCAAGAGGCUACAUCGAAUGUUAAGAGCUUUAGUAAUUUAAAGCUUUCGAGAUUGUAAAUUAAGACAAUCGACAAGACUUUCCCCGCACACCUGUUUCAAGAGAAAGGUGAGAGAAUACGGAGGGGGGGAGGCUGGGUACUAAACUAGACCUGUCUGGAGCAAACUGGGCAAAGAGGGACCCUCCAACUUAGCCAUAUCUGUUUUCUCUUUCCAUUUCCGAGGGGCUAGAAUGCCAGAGACAAAGAAUGGAAGACCAGGGAUAGCCCUGACCUGCGUGCUGACCCCGUGUCGGCUAGUUGGUGUGUGUGUGACCGUGGUCCUAUUAGGAAUGGUUGGAGUGGCUGUCUGGGCUGUAGUAACCUACUGCACCAGAGAAGAAGACACAGGACUUUAUGACGUCCAGGUGAACUCGAUGGACCAACAGCUACGCGUGUUUGACUCUGCCCAGCACAGGUGGAGGCCGGUCUGCUCCUCAGAAGCUAAUCAGCUGUUAGCCAGCAUCAGCUGUGAGGAGAUGGGAUUUGUCAGUGUUGUUAACUACUCGGUGUCAAGCCUGCCAGAGGGAAGCAACGAGGGUGGAGACUUCUUCUGUGUCAAACAGGAGGAGCUGACCUAUGGGAAAAGGAUUAAAGACUCUCUUUACCCCUGUAACUGUGAGAGUGGCCAGGUUCUGACUGUGCUGUGUCAAGACUGUGGUCGACGCAGCUUGACGGAGGACCGCAUUGUGGGCGGUGUGGACGCACGGCAGGGCAGCUGGCCCUGGCAGGUCAGUCUGCAGUACGACGGGGUGCACCAGUGUGGGGGCUCCGUCAUCUCUGAUCGCUGGGUGGUCAGCGCGGCGCACUGCUUCCCCGAGCGGUACCGGCAUCUCUCUAGGUGGCGUGUGUUGCUGGGCUCUAACUAUAAUAAACCAGUCCACAACACAGUGGUGAUGGCGGAGGUCCGGACUGUGGUUUACCACAGCAGCUACCUUCCCUUUGUGGACCCCAACAUAGAUGACAAUAGCAGAGACAUUGCUGUCCUGGCUCUGGCACAGCCCCUCACAUUCACUGAUUAUAUACAGCCAGUGUGUCUGCCCACCUAUGGCCAAAGGCUGGUGGAUGGACAGAUGGGCACGGUGACAGGCUGGGGAAACGUAGGGUACUACGGUAUGCUAGCUGAUGUCCUCCAGGAAGCUCACGUGCCCAUCAUCAGUGAUGCUGUGUGCAACGCCCCAGAUUACUAUGACAACCAGAUUACCACCAGCAUGUUUUGUGCCGGCUUUGAGAAAGGUGGCAUUGAUGCGUGUCAGGGGGAUAGUGGUGGUCCCUUUGUGGCAGAGGACUGCCUUUCCAAGGCUAGCCGCUACCGUCUGCUGGGCGUGGUGAGCUGGGGAACCGGCUGUGCCAUGGCCAAGAAGCCUGGCGUUUAUACCAGGGUGGCACGCUUCUUGCCAUGGUUAUCCACCGCAAUGAGGACCUAUCACAACUCUCCAGGCUUUCACAAGAUGGCUAGAACAUGAGAAAAGGGAAAUGUGAGAGGAGAACAUCUCACUUAGGGUUCUCCAGUGGAACAAUGAUCAACGAGGCCUGGUCAAAACAAAACCUCUUUGCCAUUCCAUUUUUUAUAUGAACCUACCCCCUUCUUGUAGGCUGCUUGAUCUGCUCCUCAGGGUUCACAGUCCAAGACCUGGUUGUAUAAUCUGACAAACAAAAAUGUGUCCUUAAUGCUAUGACCACUGAUCAACCGUUUCUGAGGAGACAACAUAGACGGCCAUCAGGAAUUUAAAACAAACGUAUUUAGUUGCAAAGUGUCUGUCUGUCUCUAUUACUUUGUUUGUGGGAGUUUAUUAGCAAUAAAUAGCCUGUGUGAGUGUGUGUGUGUGUGUGUGGUUUCUUAUGGUGCGAACAUGAACUAAUCUAUAAAAAAGGCAAAUUUUCAUUCAGUAAUGCUAGAGCUGGUGAAUGUAUGAUAUUAUUUUUAUUGGAAUCAGUAUUUUGUUUUCUUAACUGUAAAUAUUAGGUGCCUUUCAUUGCAAAUAUAUGUCUUCUGGUUUUUGAGUUGUUACAGUGAAUCAGAUAUGCCUCUACAGUUGCAUGCACUGUCCAAUUCUGGUCUUGCCCUCUCACCAACAUUUCACCAACAGGACAAAGGGACAAUGGAUUAUUAUUAUUAUUAAAAUACAAAUUAAACUGAAUGAAACACAUCAAAUGUUUACCAAGCUAUACAUAACAUCUGUAAUAUGUGCAAUAACCCUAUGGAUAGUCUUCUCUGAAGCCAACCAACAUGAUUCUGAUUAUUGACUUUAGUUUUUUCUUCUGGUUUUGUCCCCUUUAUUGUUUUUUUGUAUUUCUUCAGGCGUUGUCUACCAGAGGGUAGACAUAAAUGUGAAUGUACGUAUCUUUAGUGUUAAUUAUGGAAGUUAGCAAACAACUUUUGUUACUGAUUACUGUUAUGUUCAUUGUAUGUCAAUUCUCAUGUUGCAUAAAGUAUUGAAAUAAAUUCAUAAUU